AUGCGCGAGCGGGGUAAGCUGGCGAGGAAAGACAGCGAUCGGGCUUUGAGGGGGGAGAUAUACCAGGAGCUGUCGCGCCACGAGGAGCGGCAGACCACCGCGGCCUACCUCGACGAGCUCAAGGAGGCCGGGGACUCCAAGCGUAUCGCCGAGCUCGCCGAUCAGCUGGACAGUGGCGCGUGGCUGCACGCGGUCAGCUGCCUUCUCCAGCUGGACGAGCUGAGGACGGCCUUCACCCUUGUCUCCCAGUCCGCGGAUUCUGUGAACAUGUCUGCCUGGUGCCGGGCCGCAGUGGGCAUCGGCGAGGCGGCACUGUCGGUAGACGAGGACGCGGCGGAGCUCGAGUUCCCCGACCGCGGACUCGCACAGGAGGUCGAGCAGCUGCUGAUCGAGCACAGCUGCGACACCGCUGUCGUUGAGCUCUGGCUGGUAUUCGCAGCGGCAGAGGCCCACCUUGGGGCCGCCCGCCUAAGGAGGGCACGCCUGGGCGUUCCUGGCGAGGGCACAAGCGGCGCCGAGGACCCGGGGGGCAGCGCCGCGGGCGCGGCGGCCCCCGGAGCGGGGAGCCGCACGCCCGCGGAGGGCGGCGCCGAGGCUGCGGGCACGCCGGCCUCCAGCAGCCAGGGCUCGAAGGUGCUGGAGCUUGCCAGUGGAGGCAGCGGCGAGGGAGGCGUCGAUGCCGCCGUUCGCGCUGAUGCCUCCGAGUCACUCCGGAGGUGCUUCGAGCAUAUCAGCGAGGUCGAGAAAAAGGUGGCCGCCUGCCAGCUGCCCGCUGGCGGCAUGCGCAGGUGGAACGAUGUGCUGCGAUGUGUUGCGAAGCACCGUCAAAUGCCGAGUACCUUCCAGGUGCUGGAUGCGUUCGAACGCUUGGGGGUGAAAAAGAACGAGUUCACCUACGAGCUGGUUUCCAGGGCUGGCUGUUUGUCGGUGGCGCGGCCAGUCACAGUGGAUUCGUUCGAAACCAUGCCGCCCGCGCACUUCCCUGAGAUCGUGUUCUUGGGUAGAUCGAACGUUGGCAAGAGCUCUCUGGUGAACGCGGUGCUGCACCGGAGAAAAACCCUCGCGCCGGUAGCUGCGACUCCAGGUCAUACAACACGAUUCCAUUUUUACACCCUCAACGAAAGGAACACCAUGUUCCCGCAGAUGACGGUGGUGGAUGUCCCAGGUCUUGGUUUUGCAGUCGCUGAUGAGGCUCAGGUAGAACAUUGGAAGUCCACGCUGUUCACAUACAUGGAGUAUCGAGGCAAACGGCUUCGCGGUAUAUUUCACCUCGUCAGCGCCUUCGAUUUCUAUCGCGCAGGGAAGUUGGAUCGAUUGGACGUUGACAUUAUGAAGGCAGCGCAGCCGUCAGGCGCGGAGUACACAUUAGUGCUGACCAAGUUGGACAUGGUACCCAAGAGGGUGGAUCUUUACGCUAUGCUUGAAGAAUGGCUGGAGGUCAAUGGGCUCUCGGUGGACCGCCGCAACAUCGUUAUGUCGAGCGUACUGUCGCGCGUGGGCCGCGACCUCCUGUGGCAGCGCCUGUGGAGCUGCGUGGACCCCGAGAACCCGCGCUGGCACGGGACUCCGGACCUGCUCUCCAUCAAGUCGGACUUGGAAGCCCUCGCCAGCUCCUCCGACAGCUCCGCGGCGGCUGCCGCGAUUGUGGAGCGCAUGGAGGGGCUCGACGGGGACUCCUGGGAGUACGCGGUGAGGGUGCUGCUGCAGCUGGGAGAGCUGGAGACCGCAUGGCAGGCCGUGGAUCGCAGGACCUCCGACACCGGAGGCCCCGAGGCCGCGGCCUUCUUUCCGCAGCAGCGGGCCGCCCUCGCCGUGGGCAUCGCCGCCUACGCCGCCGACGGCACCCGCCGUCUGGGGGAGCGGAUCCUGGCGUCCCUGGUCGAGCGCGGCAACCACGACGCCGCGGUCGAGCUGCUGCUCGAGAAGGCGGCCGCCGAGGCGCGCCUGGCGGCGCUCGCGCGCACGCGGCGCCUGGCGGCCGCGGGCGCCUCGGGCACGCUGGGGCAGCCGCCCGCUGAUGCGGGGGCCUGGGGCAGUGCCGCUGGCGCGGCCGACGCGGGGGCCUGGGGCGCCGAGCCCCAGGCCCGUGGCGAGGGGCGCGCUGGCGGACACGAGGAGGGCGACGGAGAGCAGGACCCAGAUGCCAUGUUCGCGGUGGCGCUGGAGAGCCUGCGGCACCUGCUCGCCAGGGCAGAGGAGUGGCAGGCCCGGCCCUGGAGCGUCGACCGCUGGAACCGCCUGGUGCGCUGGAUCAUGGAGCGGCGAGACCUCUCCAGCCUGCUCGCGGUGCUCGACGCCAUGGAGGCGCUGGCCGUCCGGCAGAAUGCCGAGACGUACUCGCACAUCGCGGCCGGCGCGGUCGCGGCCGUCUCGGCGGGCGAGGGCACCUCCACACUCGAGGAGCUGGCCGCGCUGCCGACGGCUGCUCCCGCGGGGCCGCUCGGGGCGGCGCUCCCCGAGGUGGCGUUCCUCAGCUCCUCCGGCGCCGCCCACAACGCCGACCCGCUGGUGGACGCUCUGCUGUGGCCUCCCCUGCGCGAGCGGACCGGCGAGCUCCGGGCCGAGAGGGGCGAGGACAUCCGUGUCGAAGGCCGCCCGAGGCCAACUGGUGGGGCCAUCGACAUGCUGCUGGCGCGGCAGAGGCGAAGCGACGAUCCGCCGCAGCUGCGGCGGCUCGUCGUCAACUGCACGCCGGGGUCGCAGGCAGCCAUUCCGCCAUUCGGCCUCCUCGACGUGCCUGCGGGGGCUUCUGACGCGGACGACUGGGCGAAGCACGUCGUGGGCCAUCUGGAGCGUCGGCCUGGCCGCUUCGCGGGCGUAUUCCAGGUGGUGGAUGCUUGGAACUUUGUGGGGUUUGUGCGCAAAGUUGCGCCCAACAAGGACCCGCAAAUGGCCCCUCGUAAGCCUCGCGAGACGGAGCUGGAAACGUUCUGGUUCGCCGACAACAGCCAGUUGCAGGCCGAGACCGCCGGCGUCGCCUACAGGUACAGCGCCGAGCUUGGCGACACUGAUGGGCGUCAUCUUCUGCGGUGGGGCCACAAAGUCCAGGGGUUUGUCACCGAGGACGGGGAGUGGCUCCGAGUCUCUGGCCGCAAGUGGUGUCGCAAGGAGGACCAGUAUUUGCCCCUUCGUUCACAAGGCGUGCCAGUGCUGGUCCAGGCCGCGUGCUGCGAAUGCGGGAGUACCCCAACCGCGCACGAAAGAGAGGAAGGGCAAGUCCUCCAGGUCUACUGCCCCGCCUGCUGGGAUGCUUGGCAGAACAGGGGGAGCGGGGCGGACGCGGAGUGGGCGCUGCGGGGGGAGGAGCUGGAAGUCCAGCGGGCUGCCCUGGGAUCCCUGCGGCCAGGCGGGAGCUACACGCUCGUCGUCGCGGACGCCAUGCAGCUCGGGCGGGAGCCGUGGGAUAACCCGGGCAAGGACUGGGCGGAGGUCAUGGCGGUCAGUCAGGAGCGCGAGCGGCUGCUGACCGAGCAUCUCGAGAGGCGCGCGAUCGAGGUUGCCGAAGAGAUCGGGAACGGCCGCGUGGACGUCCGCGUCGUCCUGACGGACAAGGCCAGGGACGGCCGUGGCACCGGCGCGCUGUGGACGCGGCUGUGGGGCUGCGUGCGCGCGGAGCUCCGCGGCCCGGCGCCGUGA